AUGAUACUCUCCACGCCCAUAGCGCUCAAAAACAUCCUUGAGCACCUCAACGCCUGGGUGAAUUUGAUAUGCAUUGGACAUGCGGGGAGUGCUACCGUUCUUGGCGCGGCAGCCUUUGCAUCAUCAGUAAACCAACUCGUCGGCGUCAGCGUUGCCGUUGCCUUGGGGCGGGCUGUGUCGACUGCUUCCUCGCAGGCUGCUGGCAAGUCUGACCACGAGGCACUUGGUUUGGUUCUCGAGCGUGCGCUUCCUCUUGCCUGCGCGAUGGCCCUGCCGAUCAUGGCGCUGCUCUGUAUCCUGCCAUUGUUUGUGCGCCUGCUUGGCAUGGGUGAGCAGUUUGCGACAUUGGCGGGCGAAUAUGCUAUUGCCAUUCUGCCGGUCACCGCCGCACGAGGCGUUUGCGAGGUGCUACAAGCCUGGCUCGCAUGCCAAAAGAUUACCAAGCCGCCGCUCUACAUCAACCUCGCCCUGACGCCAUUCCAUGCAGCAGUCUGCUACUCUCUCGUGUUCAAUACCCGCCUCGGCUUCCUCGGCGCGGGAUGCGCAAACUCAGCUAUGUGGAUCGCACGCGCUGCCACCUUGUACAUGCACUGCAUCAGCCCGCACGCUGACCUCGACCGCCCGUUCGGCGGCCUCACUCGGCGCGGCCUGAGAGACGGCCGAGGGGAGCUCUUGCGGCUCGUCUUGCCGGGCGUGCUCAUGAGUGACUACUGGACGGGAGAGGCCAUCAUGGUAUGCACCGGCCUGGUGCCAAAUCCGGCCGUCGCCGUCUCCGCCCUCUCGGUAUAUACCUCGACGUUGAAGAUGAUUUACGACGUGCCGAACGGGGUUCGAAGUGGGGUCACUGUUUGUGUCGGAAGAGCUCUGGGGGCUGGGCUUCCCAGCCUCGCCUCUCUUGCGAUACGAAAUGGCCGCCUUCUGCUCGGGUGCUGGCUGCCAUUGCCCCUCUUCGCGGUCUGCGCCUUUACUAGCGGCUGGGCUCGGAUCUUCACGCGAGACGAGGCUGUUAUUUUGCAGCUCCACGCACUGGUGCCGUGGCUAGUCGUCAACUCCUGUGCUGGGGGUCUAAUGGCAAUAGCCAACGCCGUGAUGGCUGGCUGCAAAAGACUGCCGCCAAGCUGGCGCAGCUCUGCUUCACUUGCAUUGGCUUCCCUCUGGGGCUGCUCCUCGGCUUCAGCUUUGGGCUAG